CCACUUUCAUGCUCCAUCAGAGCCACACUCGUUCACGGCUCACAGCACAUCGGAACCACUCAUCACGCACCUGAAUAUCGUUCCGGAGCCCGCUUUGGCGACUUAUAUAUGUCUGGAGCCGCAGCGGCCUUGCCGCGAACUUUUGUUGGGACUUCGACUUCGAUAGCCACACGAUCUCGAGUAACGCAGCCUCGGUGUCCACAAUGCUCUCGAACGAUAAGCUACCGAAGCUUUCACAGCAGUCGACGGAAACUGUAUAAUGAUACACAAAAACGAGAACAAUCCGCGGUCGCCGCAGCCGUAUCGCAGGCGAAGCAGAUCUUCAAUGCUGCUCCGCUAGCAGGUCCCAUGGGCAUUGACCCAUUGAGGAGCGUAGCGAAAGAGAUGAAGUUCAUGACGGGAAACAUCAGACAGUUACUAGGCUCUGGACAUCCUAUGCUGGAUACAGUAUCGAAAUACUACACCCAAUCAGAGGGCAAAUAUGUGCGCCCAAUGCUCGUCCUGCUCAUGUCGCAGGCAACAUCUCUGUUUCCCCAACGACCGCGAUCGCAGGCAAGUUUACAGGAAGCCAUCGAUACGCCCAUCUCGUCUCCCUCCGUUCUAGCCGACGCAAAUCCCUCAUCGCCCUUGACUGCUCCAAGCGCAGAGACCGCGGAGCUAAACUCCGACGAUUCUGUACUACCAUCUCAACGAAGGCUGGCUGAGAUCACGGAACUUAUUCAUACAGCCUCGCUGCUUCACGACGAUGUCAUUGAUCACUCCGACUCAAGACGAGGAAACCCGUCAGCGAACAUUGAGUUCGGAAACAAGAUGGCAGUAUUGGCCGGGGAUUUCUUGUUGGGAAGGGCAUCUGUCGCGUUGGCACGCCUUCGCGAUCCCGAAGUGACAGAGUUGUUGGCAACUGUGAUCGCGAACCUCGUGGAAGGAGAGUUCAUGCAGUUGAAGAACACAGCGGCAGACGAACGAAAUCCCACCUGGAACGAAGAAACAAUCACAUACUACCUCCAGAAGACAUAUCUGAAAUCUGCGAGUUUGAUCAGCAAGUCCUGUCGUGCGGCUGCUCUGCUAGGGGAGCAUCCUCGCGAAGUGGUUGAAGCGGCGUAUCAGUACGGAAAGAACUUGGGUCUAGCAUUCCAGCUGGUCGAUGAUAUGCUGGACUACACUGUUAGUGGGCAAGAGCUCGGAAAGCCUGGAGGUGCAGAUCUUGAGCUGGGCCUUGCAACGGCGCCGCUGCUGUUCGCGUGGAAGGACAACAAGGAGCUGGGAACGUUGGUUGGACGGAAGUUCUCCGAGAAGGGAGAUGCGCAGAAGGCACGAGACAUAGUCAUGCAAAGCAACGGUAUUGAGCAGACUAGAGCACUAGCGCAAGACUACGUCGACAAAGCUGCACAAGCUAUAGCCGGGUUCCCGGAAAGCGAGGCCAAGGUUGGGCUGCUCAACAUGUGUACAAAAGUGAUGUCGCGCAGGAAGUAGAACGACAGAGCGAUACCAUCCCAGGUCAUUCAAGCCUGGAAGUGCUGCAUAUUUCACUGGGCCUUCGAUAUGGCAUCGAAUGGAUGAGCAUAGCCCAGUUGCAGCGGGCUUGUAUAUUCAGCAUGUACACAUACAUAACGGCCUAUAGACAGUCCACUCAUGGCAGAGAGAAAUGGAUCUAGUCGCUGUGUAUUUUAUAUCUUAUAGAGGCGUAUCAUAGCGUAUUCCAGCUGGGAUCUACUAGCACCACAC